GGCCUGCCUGAGAGCCUUCUGCGGCAGCAGCCUCACUCGCCCUGAAGGACCCGCUGUGGCCCGCAACGGAUGGCGCCUGGACAAGAUGGAGGUCGGCCCCCAGGGCAUCGGCCAGCUCGUGGUUGCUGAGGGGUUCUUCAUCGGAGAGAAGGACAUGUUCAAGAUUUGCAACAAGCAGGGCCGACGCUACCGCAUGCGUCCUUUCGCGGAGGAGCGCAAG